GAAGGCGUGCGCUGGUGAGCGGGCGCAGAGUUUGCAGGAGCUCGGGGCGGCGGGGCGCGGGGGACGGGGUGGUGCGCCUACGCGCUGCCCGCCGCACCUUGCCGCCCGCCUCGCACCAGUCAGCAGCUGUGGCUCGUGUUGGCUGAACCAUCUAUAGGGCCAUCCUCUUUUUCUUUGCCUUAGGACUCCUAGACCAACAAAACAAUCACAAUGGCGGAUGAUGAAGCGAAGAAGGCCAAACAGGCCGAAAUCGACCGCAAGCGUGCUGAGGUGCGCAAGCGUAUGGAGGAGGCCUCCAAAGCCAAGAAGGCGAAGAAGGGUUUCAUGACACCUGAGAGGAAGAAGAAGCUCAGGUUGCUGCUGCGUAAGAAAGCCGCUGAGGAACUGAAAAAGGAGCAGGAACGCAAAGCGGCCGAGAGGAGGCGCAUCAUUGAGGAGAGGUGCGGUAAACCCAAGAACGUUGAAGAUGCAAACGAAGAUGCGCUUGUGAGGGUUUGCAAAGAAUACCACACCCGCAUCGGACAGCUCGAAGACGAGAAGUUCGAUCUGGAAUACAUCGUUAAAAGAAAAGAUAUGGAGAUCUCGGACCUGAACUCUCAAGUCAACGACCUUAGAGGCAAAUUCGUCAAACCCACACUAAAGAAGGUGUCCAAAUACGAGAACAAAUUCGCCAAGCUCCAGAAAAAGGCGGCCGAAUUCAACUUCCGUAACCAGUUGAAGGUCGUCAAAAAGAAGGAAUUCACCCUUGAAGAAGAAGACAAAGAGGUAAUUAACAAUACUCAUAUUUACGUACUUCUAGAAGAUAAUCUUGGUAAUUUAGAUGGAGAAUAUAAAGACAAGGAACUUAUUGUACUUUUGGAUGUCAUAGCUAAUAUUGUAGAUGGGUUUGAUAAUAAUAACGUUGUAGUUAAAGCCGUAGAGGCUGAUGUAACUGUAGAAGAAGAAACUAAAACUAUUGCUACUGUAAUUCUGAAACGAAAUAACGUUUUCGGAGAAGACAUGUUCGAAAAAUAUCGAAAUGAUUUAAUAAUUGAUACAUACAAAUGACAACAAAACACGAAUUCUUUCUACACUUGAUACAAUAUUUCGCUAUAUUUUAUUUUCAAUAUAGCAUCUUCUUCAAAAUUACGAUGAUAAAAAGAUAUCAAUCGUUCUCUCUAACAUUCAACUUGUAGUUUAUUGGCUUUACUACUUUCUUCUUCUUUCUUUUUAUCUUUUAACUUAACUUCAAUAAUUCUAUUUACAUAAUUUUCUAUUUCAAUUUUAUUUAAUUCAUUAACUUCAUUAUUUUGAGUUGCUUCUACUACAUCUUGUACAUGGGUUCGAGUCCCAGUACCAUCUGAGUAUUUCUAAAUGCUUAUGUAUUUUAGUAGAUGUGAUGUUUAAUAACCAGCAUCAUUGACCUAAUCAUCUUCUACAGGCCAAGAAAGCGGAGAAAGCUGAUUGGGCUAUUGGAAAGAAGUAGACCAUGUACUAAAACUAACAGUCAAUCUCUUACAAUCAUUCUCUGCUGUUGAACAAAUGAUGACUUAUUUUUUAAUUACCCAUUAAUUUAAUAUAAAAUAAAUCAUUCUUUUCUACGAUAAAUCUUUUGAAUUCCGUAUAACAUCCAAACCUGAUAAAACAAGGUGAGAAAGAGUUUGGAUGACGCGUUAAAUACAGCUUCAACUUUUAUUUAGAUGUGACUUGCAAUCUUGUUAUUAACAUUUUACUUUAAUUUCUCCCCAACCAAAGGCUUACGCUCUACAUUUUAACUACAAAGAGUUUAUCUCUUUAUUCGGUUCUCCCUGCAAAGCUUCGCCGCUCCUCUGUUCUAGGAAUCUAAAUUAAAUACCAAAAGCUUUUUCUUCAAUUUCUUUAGUGACUAACUCUUUCAAAUAAAUCUGCAAGUAGGUCUUUUAAAAUUUUGCUUAAUAUGUGUACAAGAUCUUCAAUUACUUGUCAACAUUAUAUCUACACUUACACUCAUGACAUAUCAGAUACUCGCAUUGUUCCUACAUACCGAUUAACAGACCUAAUCAUUCUACUCUAACUACGUACAAAGGUACGUGCAAACUUCAGCAAACUUUCAAUACUUUUAAAAUUGUAGCAAUUUUCAUAAAUGAAUUACUAAUACUUAAAGAAAAAAUUCACCGGAUUGAAAUGAAGGGGUAGCAGUAAAUAAAAUAAAUGAACCUUAGUUAUUGCCGAGCUAGUCAAAGUAGAAUAGAAACGAAAAUAAUAUUGUUACAAUAUCAUGAUGCGAUGUUUCACAGGGUGGCGCUGCAGGCAAGGUAAAUAGAAAGUAAAGCGACAACGCGUACAGACACGUUUUAAUUUAGACGUUGCUCAUACACGCGGCAUGUUAUAUUUUCAGCACAGCUAUGAGACCGUUAGAGUGGCUACAAUUACCUAGUUUAUUUUUUCACUGAAGCUGAAGAUCUUUGCCAAUUCAAACACAUUAACGAUUGGCAUCAAUUCGUAUUGUAUAUUUCAUCCGUCCACCUGUGUUCAAGGGCGUUGGAGUUUGUCGCUCAUUAGUUCUCCUUAUUGAUUUAGUUUGUCUCAAGGAGAAAUAAUGAGGACAGUUGCGAUUACGCUGCAGUUUGGCCCCUUAGCAGAUUUAUUGUAUAAAGCUUUGUGUGAUACCAACAUGCGUUCCACAGUGCAGACACCCCACACUUGUAUAAUAUUUUAUGCGGUUAUUUUAGGUUGCUCCACAAAACGCUUCGGUUUUCAUAGUUAUGUUUUCUUAGAUGUGUUAUACCUUCGAAGCUUAAAGUGUGUGCUUUACACGAUUACAAUUUGCGAAUAGUAGGUACGCCUGCAAUUCGUGAACCUAUUGUUACACCAUACUAUAUGCCGUUAUGAGGCGUGAUACCAAUUUAUCGCUCAUACAUUCGGCGUAUGGUGCGGUGAGUCUGCCGAUAAACGAGCACAAUUGAAAGCUUAUACCAAGAACCGUGUGAAUUUUAUUUGAAAAAGCGAAAAUUUUCAUUUGAAAUAAAAAUAGCUCCACACAUUGCCUUGGUAUUAUUACAGCAGCAUCUGUAUAUAUUUUACGAGACCUGCUUCCAUUGUUCGAGCAGAUUGUUGAUCGCAGGCGUAUUUAGGAAUAUAGCCGCGAUGCGCUAUCGGCUUCCAAGUGAUUUAAGUAGGGAAUAUUUUUUAACAGAUUUCUUUUUGUGUCCACAGAAAAAACCAGACUGGUCCAAGGGCAAGCCAGGAGAUCAGAAGGUAAAAGAGGAAGAGGUUGAGGCAUGAACUGUAACUCACCCCCACCUACUGUAAGACCUGUACUCUAAGUCAAUUGACAAUUGUUAUUAACUAUCAGCACAUUGUGAUAUGCCUACCUUCCAAGGUCGUCCGUGCCCUACGGACGCAAUCACCCUGUAGGUAUCUACCAACAAGUUCCUCCAUUUGUUAUCUGUGUAUUGUCGAUUGAACACAUCCAUUUCGAACAUGUCAAAUAAUUUUUUAUAAUUAUUUAUUUAUUAAAUAAUGAUUUUUUGUAAGAUAAUACGUUUAAUAAAUUAAUUUUCUGUACUGUAUUACA